CAAGGCGUACUAAACGCCUCACGCCAUGGCCAGACGCAUCGUGGUUUCCCGAUUUCCUCCUCCAUGUCUCGCCUCAUCGUGUUGGUGCUGCUUUGCUCUCCCGAGGGCGGAGUCCUUGCCCUGCGGUCAGAUGACAGGCAAAAGAACCUGACACAGGAUUCGCCGGACCCGCUGUGGGAAGAUCCGCUCUCCUGGGGGCAUCCCCAAGUGGAGAAGACGCAAAGCCACCAAGCCAGCGCUGUUGGCGCGCGGGCGCAAGCCCGCAUCCACGUCGAGCAGGUGGACUCUGAGAAGCCGAGUGCCAAGGAGAUUCUGUUGGCCGUCGGCGGCGGCACCGGUGCGGGCGCCGGCACCGGCAAGCCCGAGAUGGACCGGGACAUCAUCCGCCGCCGCCGGGGCCAAGGUAUGCGGUAUCAGGACAAGCUGGUGCUGGGGCUGAUGGUGGCCGCCUACUUCAUUGCCUUGCUUUUCACUGCCAGCCUUGCCUACCGUCAGGCCACGAACAACUCUCCAGUGCGGUUCUAUGCAGAUCCUCGUGUGGAAGCACUGAUGAUCGACAGUAGCGACCUGGACGACUUCAUUUGGACCUUCAUACAGCCUCCCAAGACAGUGCAAUUGUGCGUGCAAGGUUUGAUGCCCUUGCCGGCUCUUUUGGCACAUUUGGCCGAAAACGUCGUGGAAUGGCAGGGAGGCUACUAUCGACACAUUUUCUCCUUCAGCUUGGAUCUCACACCAUUCCUGGUGCAUGCAGAACCUCAGGACAGAUCCACCACAUCGGCUGAGUCCGACUCCGUGGCUGGUGGUAUCAGUGAGGACGAAAUCAAGCUGCUGAGGCGGUUUCUUCAAGAGAACACCAACGAGCUCGCCACAGUGAAAUUGAUGAAAGAAGUACACUGGGACUGCUGGGAGGAGCUGGCGACCAACAUCAAGCAAAAGAUCCGACAGCGAGGCUUUGAGGGCCUGAUCCAUGUCUGUUGGACGAACACUGAGACCCUGACGGUCUAUCAAAAUAAUUCCUGGGCCAACUUCCUGCACAUGAGCGUGACACGAGUUUUGCUUGGCUUGAGCGUUUUUGGCUAUUUGUGGUAUCUGCCCUACAUGUGGUGGCGCCAGAAGGGGCCUCAAUUGCAUCCACAGUUUCGUGUGAACAUGGACAUUGCGGAGUACUGGCAACUGAUCGGCGACAAGAUCAGCGAGAGGGGUUUCGAUCAAUAGGCCCAGUCACACCGGCUUUGGCCAGCGAGCUGCGAGCCGCUCGCGCGCAGCAGUUCCAGUGGCCUGUGAAAAUGCUCGAGCGAG